UUCUGGGCCAGUUUUUGUGUGUAGGGGGGAUUUUUUUGCUUGCUUGUUUUGUUUUGUUUUUCCUGGCUCCUGGAGAACAGGUGAGGUGGCGCUUUUUCAAGUUGUGCUAUCAGGAGUGAGGAGUGAGGCUGAAGACAGGCUGGCCCGGGGAGUCUACUGCACGGUCAGAAGGGAAGAUUGGGGAGGGGGCUGUGUGCCAUGCGUUCCCUGAACCCCCUGCUCUGCGCUGCAGCUGGGAAAGGGAGAACAUCUCAGAGUGAGGCCCAGGGAAAGGGCAGGUGGGGGGCUAGGGCAGAAACGGACACCGAGGCACACUUGGCAAGCAAGCAGGAAGAGCAGGAUGAAGGGGGAAUGCUGUGAGCAGUCUGAGAAGGCUUUCGGAGCAGCGGAAAGCAGUGAAACUCGGGCUUUCUGCUCAGGAGAGAAGGAGCAGCGGGCAGCCCAGGAGUAUCGAUUAGAGCUGCGCUGUCCAGGAAGGUUGCCAGCCGCCCUGAGCCACCACGGCUGUGCCCAACACUGUCCAGCUGACGAGGAUGGAAUACGCCAUGAAGUCCCUCAGCCUCCUCUACCCUAAGUCCCUCUCCAGAUGUGUGGCCAUGAGCACCUCAGUGGUGACCCAGCAGCUGGUGCCGAAGCCCAGCCCCGAGGCCCGCAGGGCCCGACCCUACAGAGUAAGCAGUGCUGACCGGAGUGAGCGGAAGGGCAUCGUGGCUCACAGUCUCGAGGACCUCCUCCUCAAGGUCCAGGAUACCAUGAUGCUGGCAGACAAGCCUUUCUUCCUGGUGUUGGAGAAAGACGGCACAACUGUAGAGACAGAAGAGUAUUUCCAAUCUCUGGCAGAGGACACCAUGUUCAUGGUCCUCCAUAAGGGGCAGAAAUGGCAGCCCCCGUCAGAGCAGGGCACUAGGUACCAACUUCCCCUCUCCCGUAAGCCUGCCAAGAAAAUCGAUGUGGCCCGCGUAACCUUUGACCUGUACAAGGUGAACCCACAGGACUUCAUUGGUUGCCUGAACGUGAAGGCGACUUUCUACGGCACAUACUCCCUUUCCUACGAUCUGCACUGCUACAGGGCCAAGCGCAUCAUGAAGGAAGCUCUUCGCUGGGUCCUCUUCAGCAUGCAGGCCACAGGCCACAUGCUGCUUGGCACCUCCUGUUACCUGCGGCAGCUCCUGGACGCCACAGAGGGAGGGCAGCCCCCCAGGGACAACGGCCUGUCCCUCAUCCCGAACCGUCUGAAGAUACUGCAGUGAAAGCCCAGCCAAGGACUAGACUGCGCACCAGCAGGCUACGGCAUGAAGUCUGCCCCUCAGCAACCUGUCUGCACGCGCUGUUCUUUCAUUCCACCACCUGCCUCCUGGCCUCCCGUCCCAAAUGCUCCUGAGUCAAUUGUCAAG